CUGCCGUCGCUGGCGCUUUGCCUCUCUAGGCCGGCAGGGCUUCUCCUCCAUGGUCGUGUCUGUCAGCCGUGUUUCGGAGGCCAGCAGGUGAGGGUGGGCCGCCCUCGGACGCUUCGAUCCUCGAGUCCGUCACCAGGACCGGGGCGGCCUGGGGCCCAUGGCGCGGCGGCGCUGAUCCAGGCCCUGGCCGCGGCCGGGCCCCGCAGGCCGGCAUGGCGGGCCAGUUCCGCAGCUACGUGUGGGACCCGUUGCUGAUCGUGUCGCAGAUCGUCCUCAUGCAGAUGGUCUAUUACGGCUCGCUGGGCCUGUGGCUGGCGCUGGUGGACGGGCUGGUGCGCAGCAGCCCCUCGCUGGACCAGAUGUUCGACGCCGAGAUCCUGGGCUUCUCCACCCCUCCAGGCCGGCUCUCCAUGAUGUCCUUCAUCCUCAACGCCCUCACCUGUGCCCUGGGCUUGCUGUACUUCAUCCGACGAGGGAAGCAGUGUCUGGAUUUCACUGUCACUGUCCAUUUCUUUCACCUCCUGGGCUGCUGGUUCUACAGCUCCCGUUUCCCCUCGGCGCUGACCUGGUGGCUGGUCCAAAUCGUGUGCAUUGCACUCAUGGCUGUCAUCGGGGAGUACCUGUGCAUGCGGACGGAGCUCAAGGAAAUCCCCCUCAACUCAGCCCCUAAAUCCAAUGUCUAGAAUUGGGUCCUUUGGACACCCUGCUGGGCACUUGGCCACCCCCAACACCUUGGGCUGCUUAGACCCUCCAGAUGAGGUCCAGCCCAGGCUGAGAGGAACCCUGGAAAUGUGAAGUCUCCGUUGGUGUGGGAGAGAUAGUGAGGCCCCGUCAAGAAGGCAGGUAGCAGUCAGGGUCACAGCUGCAAGAAUGGCCUCUGACUGCUGAAGCCUUGGUAUCUGGGAGGUCAGCAAGGGGACCUCUUUCAGGGUAAUAACAGAAUUGGAACCAUGUCACUCUUGAGCCACCAUAUGUAUCACCAGCCUGUUAUUUUAAAAAAGAAAAAAAUCAAGGAUAUCUGAUUGGAGCAAACCACUCUUCUAGUCAUCUGUCUUACCUCCCUGGGACAGCUGCUCCCUUUGCCGUGUUGCUGAACCGCAGCUAUUCUGUUUGGAGAAACACUUGGUUUCUGGAUCCAUAGCCACAGAAAGAACUGUAGGUACAAAAUAUUCAGCUGCUGUCAGGGAGAGGAUGGCAGAUGGAGGCAUCAAGCACAAGGAAAAUGCACAACCUGUGGCCCGCUACAUGCCUGUGCACGUGCACCCAUGAACCCAUGACCGACUUUCUUCCAGUUCUCUACUGAGUUCCCACCCUGUUGCCAGCUUUCAACAAGGCCAGCCUUAGGACCCCGAGAGGAGUCUCAGCAUCGCCCCCACCCUGACCCUCAUGAUAGAGUCACUGCCCAUUCUCUAGGAAUGAUCAGACACCCCAGCUCCCACUGGACCUCGGUUCUGGCAGUAGUUCCUUUUUCCUGCCUUAUUUGGAAUUCUGUAACAGGAAGGGUAUGAUGGGUGCCCAGAGACAGGAAGCCCAGCCUUCCAGCUCAACCUGCUCUGGUAGUGUCAAGGGAGAUAGGAAUUUGCUGCUAAGAUUUUUCUUUGGGGUGGAGUGUCCUCUGUGAGGGGCUUGCAGCUGUCCUUCCUAUGUAUAUAAAUACAGUAUUUUCCAUGA